GUUAACUGCUGGCGGGGACGCCCAUUUGCGUGCCACAAGCGGCGUCGUCAUCUGUUCUGUUCACCUCGUCAACUGGACCCACCUGUCAGAGUGGGUCCACAUGGACGGGCCGCUCGAACAGGAGGGUCGGACCCUAGUUGACUGGGAGGGGAUCCUUGGGGGAAAAUAGAGGGUUGAGCGGCGGCACGGCCAUGGCCAUGGAUUUCCCACUCUCGCCGGUUGACAAAUUACCAAUCUUCCCGGAUGAGGAAUCUAGCGCGGCGGCGCUGCUGGAAAUGUUUGGGCGUGGUGGGCGUGCUGGUGAACAGUCGUGUAAUGGAUCUCGCGGGGUCGUCGUCUAUGGACCAGGGCGGAGCUCACCUGCCCAUGGUGCUUGUUUGGUCUGCAAGGAAGCGAGGGGGAGGCGGUGAUGUUCUGCGAUAAGGCCUUGUUUGUCAUAAUUAGAUGAGAUAUGGGUUGUUCGGCAGUUUGAGCAAAAAACACUAUGGUGCAUGGUUGUGUCUUGCGGCUGCAAAUAUAUAAUCGAUUUGGCCUAACAAAUCACCAAGGUUAGCCCUUCCAUUCCUCUCAACUUGGAGUACUUCCAUUCCCUUCCUGAUGUGUUUUCUUUUUCCUUGGUUUGCUGCUGCACGGACCAACUCGAUGCAGGGGGAGUAGCGAGGAGGCGUGCUUCUGCUUCUCCAAGCCAUGGAGCAAGUCGAGGUCAAUGCAGGUUAUGGAAAGUAUCCCUUCUCCUCUACACCGUUUCCAUUUGGUAGGCACAACCACACAAGUGUGAGGCUUUGGUUCCCUUACGUGACAUGUAUGUGUUUCAAUCAAUAGAGUACGGGAGGGAGGAGAAUCAUUAGGCUAUAUAUGGUUGGAUGUCUUUGUCAGAUUCUUAUGAUGAUGAUGUGUACACUUAAUUAAACAUCUCUUUAUCAUUUGGCAUAGCAUUUUUAUUUUAACUCCGCUUCUUCUUUGCGGCCAUGUAUUGUAACGAGUGUGGCAUCCUUGUCCUCCUCGAGGAGGCAAGACACAGUGGCGCGCCUAGCCUCAGCGGUGAAGAAUGGCGGUGCUCCUCUUCGUCCUCGACCUGCUCUGCUCCUUCAAGCAGCAGCAUGGAUUUGGUAUAGCAAAGGGCAAGUGCUUCAUUUCGUCGUGCCAGGCAAGGUGCCAUGCGACGGAGGUUCAGCAUCGGCUACAAAAUCGCCAUGGAUUGGGGUACAACAGAGAAGGGGUUCAUCAUGCCACUAACAGGCAAGGUGCGCGGUGCUAUGGCUCCGUUUCCGGCCCCGGUGGCGUCUUCCGUUGGUCCCGCUGCCGUGCGGCGGCGCCGUUUUUGGCAUUGGCUACAAGAUGGGCAAGGUCUGCUCCUAUCCUCCGGUUUCUCUGAGCCUAUCUGAUGAUGCCAUCUGCAUGUUUGCUCAACAAUACCUGCCUUCUUGUUUUUGGUCUUUUUUAUGCAAUUUGGCUUCUGAAUUUUGUCCCUAAGUUAGUGGAACCAAGUAGUACUGAAUGAUGGACGGUGUAUAUGUAAAUCAAAACAGGACAUACUACAUUUGCUAGUUAGUUUACAGUUUGAAUAACUCAUAACGAUUGUAUGGUGGAUGCUUGUCCACGGCCAUCGAGCCGUGGUCAAUUUUUAGGAUUUCGAUGUGUGUCA